CUUUUAUUCCGAGACCUUGUCAUUUUUGUUGCCCAGCUUCAAUGCAAGCUGCUUGACAUUUACACUUUGCUCAAAUACAUUGAGAUCCUCUACCCACUUCUUUUGUCUCCCCACUCAAAACUUGUAUGCACAAACCCCACCUGGAUGGGGUGCUUCACAAAGGAUACUGCCACUUGCAAAGCACUAUAUUUCACUGAGGUGCCAGUCUGGCUCAUGUGUACCAAUGCAUACAUCUCCCCUGAUAUGAAUAUC